CAUGAUUGGGAAGAACAUAAUACAUAAAUGAUACCUUCAAAUAUCCGAAUAACAAAAGAGAGAGAAAAGUGGAGGGAAAAGAAUUAAUAAAUAUUUCCAUUUCAGCUUUGAUCAUUCUGUAAUAGUAUUAGAUAAUUAAAGAUUAGAACAAUUUGUCCCAUCAUGCUAUCAAAAGUCGCAGAGCGCGCACACACACUCAAGGAAAGAUUGGAUCUUUCGUACAAGAAAUCAAAGAAGCCAUAUAUAUCAAAUUAGAUUUUGGAACAGUUUUGAUGGAAAAUUUUGAUUCUUUCUAAUGGAGGAGGAGGAGGAGGCGGAAGUUGAUGAGCAGUGAGGAGAGAGAAGGAAAGAAUAAUUGGGGAAGAGCAGAUGUAAGACAGGGAAUCCAACGAGGUUGAGAACUUUGAAAAGAAUAUGUUAUUGGGUAGUUGGUUGGAAGUUGGGACCCUUGAAAGGAAACACACACAGGAGCAGGCCACCGAAGCAAGGAGGUGUUAUGGGCAUGGCCGGCCACAAUACUACAACCUGUCCUUAUCACCCUACUUUCAGAGUUGUUAUCAUCUUACGUUAGCACAGGGAAACAAACUGCUGCUACACACCCAUUUUAAUGGCCUUUUGAAUCCUCCUCUUCUACCAUCGUUUUCAUAUAUAAAAGUACUCACAGACCACCUGAUCCCGACCUCGACCCUCCAAGAACCUACCACAUGGGCUUCCCCAAGUAUCCUUAAACUCUCAAUGUGGGUCCUUUCGAUUUCCAUUUCCAUUACCAUCUUCUAUCGGAAUCUCCAACACCCCUCCCACUAGGCUCAUAAUAAGGACAUCUCAGUCAACCCACCUUUUAACAUGUAACUCCCACAAAAUUUAUCAAUCCUAUUCUCCUGUACAGUUCAAGAUCAGUUCUCCAUACUCAUAUUCACCUUUCAAAAUCAACUUGAAAAAGACUUCUUCACUCUUCCUUUUCCUUUUCUGUUUCGAGGUGGAAAAAAGGCAAAGUCUUUAACUGUUGAGAUAGGAUUUGGGAGGGAGAACACCUCAUGUUUGGUGUUCCAACUUGAAUGGAUAUGAAAUCGCAUCCUCGGGCUGGUUUUAGAAUCAAUCCCCACCCAGAUUGAGAAAGAGGAAAAGUUGAGAAAGAGGGAGAGAAAAGAAGAGGCAAAGAUUAGAGGACUCCUUAACAAUCAAAUCAUGAUAACAAUAACCUCAUCACUACAAUAUUUUCAAAAAACUCGAUUAUCACAGCCCCAAAAUUACCUUCUAAUUGAGAAAUAAAAUGAAAGACAGCUAAAUAGAAAAACCAGAACAAAUUGUAAAUUUAAAGACAAAUAAAAAUGCUCAAUCUACAAGUAUAAGUCUGAUUGAUCUCCAUCAAAUAUAAUGUUGGGUGGGCAUCUAAGGAGUCUUCAAUUAUAUAUUAGAAGCAUUUAGUUUGAUCCCAUAUAAACAUCAAAUCCAUAUAUCACAAUCAUAAUUAUAAAAGAAAGUGACCGGUUAUUUGUCCACUAUAUGAUAAAUAUAUUCUAUCGGAAAACAAACAUAAUAGACCCCAACUUGAAAUAAAGAUUAAACGCGGGUGGAUAUCAUAUAAUGUGUCGUUUUUAUGGAAUGGAUCUUUCCAUUUUCAUGCCUAGGCAUCCAAGGAUAUACAUUGGCGCCCAUUUAAAUAUAUACCACAUAUUGUCUUGUUGAACACUCUGGCCCUCCCUCCUUAUAUUUAUAUAUUGCAGCAUCUUGGAAGAGUAAUCCCAUCCCAUUGGAACUAUUCAUUGUUUUCAUCAAGAGUCAACAGAGUUUGUUGGCGAAAAGUUGAAGAUGUUGUGGAAGGAGGAGCUCGUGCUCUUAGCUCAAAACUAUUUUGACACUACGACAGUGGCGGCAGUUCUUUCCAUAGGUAUUUUAGUGUUGGUUUCCAAAGUUUGCUGGAGACAGAGGAGCAAGAAUGUUGGAGGAAUUCCUGGUCACUUGGGGUUACCCUUUGUAGGGGAAACCUUCUCUUUUCUUUCUGCUAAUAACAGCACCAGAGGGUGUUACCAAUUUGUCAGGCUCCGCCGGUUAUGGCAUGGUAGGUGGUUCAGGACAAGGCUAUUUGGAAAAAUCCAUGUGUUUGUUCCAAGUGCAGAAGGUGCAAAGGCAAUACUUGCCAAUGAUUUUGUCCAAUUCAACAAGGGAUACGUGAAAUCCAUGGGAGAUGCUGUUGGAGAGAAGAGUUUACUAUGCGUUUCCCACGAGGACCACAGAAGGAUUAGGCGUCUUCUAGCUGAUCCUUUCUCCAUGACUUCUCUGUCUAAGUUUGUCAAACAAUUUGACGACAUGCUCUCCAAAAGGCUACAGAAACUAGUAAAAGAUGGGAAAAGUUUUGUACUGCUUGAUUUCAGCAUGAAGGUUAUAGAAAAUAAAAAUAUAGUCAUCUUUCUCAAACAUGUCUGUUUGACUUGGCAGCCAACAUAUCUUACGUUAUGUGAUUUGCAGAUAACAUUCGAUUCCAUGUGCAAUAUGCUAAUGAGUCUAAGAGAUGAAUCUACACUCAGGCAGAUUGAAAAAGACUGUACAGCCGUCUCUGAUGCCAUGUUAUCUUUCCCAUUCAUGAUUCCAGGAACUAGGUACUACAAAGGCAUCAAGGCACGAAACCGACUAAUGGAAAGGUUAAGAGAAAUAAUAUCCAGGCGACGGAGUGGAGAGGAGUCACCAGAAGACUUCCUGCAGUCAAUGUUGCAGAGAGAUUCGUAUCCUCCGGAUCAGAAGUUAGAUGACUCAGAGAUAAUGGAUAACCUUUUGACACUGAUAAUUGCAAGCCAAACUACCACAGCUGCUGCUAUGACGUGGAGUGUCAAGUUCCUGGACGAGAACAGAGAGGCCCAAGAAAGGCUGCGGGAGGAACAGUUGUCAAUUCUACGAAAGAAGGAAGAUGGAGAACUACUUACUCUUGAAGAUCUUAAUAAAAUGUCCUUUGGUUCAAAGGUCGUCAAAGAGACGUUGAGAAUGUCCAAUGUUUUGCUGUGGUUUCCUCGUGUGGCACUAGGGGAUUGCAGAUUAGAAGGUUUUGAAAUAAAGAAAGGAUGGCAUGUGAACAUCGAUGCAACAUGCAUUCAUUAUGACCCAGAUUUGUACAAGGACCCCAUGCAAUUCAACCCUUCGAGAUUUGAUGAAAUUCAAAAGCCAUACAGUUUCAUACCUUUUGGAUCUGGACCCAGGACCUGUCUCGGAAUCAACAUGGCCAAAUUAACAAUGUUGGUCUUUUUGCACAGGAUGACUGGAGGGUACAGGUGGACGGUUGAUGAUCCAGAUCCUUGCCUCGAAAAGAAGGCACAUAUCCCUAGGCUGAGAAGCGGCUGCCCCAUUACUUUGAAGACCUUGAAAGAUGGGACAUAAGCAUAGAUGUGAGAACGUUAUUUCAGGUACAGGUAGAAGAAGUGGCAAGAUUCUAAUUGCAUGGUAAUGAGGAAGCAGCUGGAUAAUAUGUAUCAUCAUGGCCUCUAAUUACCCACUUUUUUUAUGCUUCGCUUAAAAGUAAACCAGAAGAGAAAAAAUAAAAUGAAAAAGUGAACUUUGCACCAUUGCAGUGGGAACUCCUCACUUUAUGAUGUGUCCUUUUUUUUUUGAUAUAGAACUAGUAGUGGAGUCUAUAUAAAAUUCUAUAUAUUUUGUCAAAACUAGGGUAGGCAAGAGUUAUUACUUG